AUGCCUGCCCUUAUCCGUCACUGGAAGAAUAUAUUGUACCUCCAUAGUCAUUUUGAACAACAAAUCACAGAGUUAGCUGCCCGUUCCUCUGUUCCUGAUCCUGUAAGGCAUAACAGUAAUUUGACAGCUGAUUUCGUUUCAUAUAAGGACAAUACCUCUUCGAAUCUACGAGAUAUAGUGAAGUUCCAAACCGAGGAAUCAACGGGCCUCUCAGAAUCGGCAAAAUUGGUUCCCUCAAGUUCAGGUAAAAGGGUAGAUCAAGUGCGCCCGAGGAGGCGAAGAUCGGGUUUCGAGCCUACAAUCAAAAGCAUUGAGGAGGCCGACGAAGAGGCAGAGGACGAGUUGGAGUUGAAGGGCUCGCAAGAGGAGAUCAAAUGGGAGAAGAGCAAAAAUAAGGGUGAGGAAAACGGGAAGGAAGGGGCUGAGGACAAGCAUGUGCACACUAACGCGUUAGAAGAAUGUAAACGAGGGGAAAAGGAAAGUGUCAAGGUAGCAUGGAAUGAUGAAGGUGGAGAUCAGGCCGUGGUGCUGACGACAAUCCCGAUUCAGCCUAAUGCGUUUGAGCCCGCAAAUGUCGGACCGGCAUGGAACAAUCAUCGCCGCCACCGCUUUCGACGACGUUUGCGAAGACUGUGGUUACGGUUCGUAACUUGUGGAACUAAUGACCUGGACGAAUAUAGCCUAUAA